GGGAGACUUGUCUGCAUAAUUCUAGUUGCUGUCAUAUGUGACAAACCUGCUGCUCAUAAAGUGGGUGGGUUUGCUUCCCAUUCACACACUAAUUUCUGCACCCUGUGUUGGAUCACUCCGAGCAACAAAACCACACCAGCUGCCUUUCAAGAAGGAGUAUUCUGCACACGGACAAACAAAGAACAGCAUGAGCCAGGCAACCAUUACCGAAAUCUUCCAACAGCCAGUGCACGCAAGAAUUUUGUCAAGGACUUUGCUACACGAUAUAUGCAACUCUCCCAAUUACCAUACUUCAACUUAGUCAAGCAGAUCAUUAUCAAUCCAAUGCAUAAUCUCUUUCUAGGCCUCAUCAAGACACAUUUCUAUAAUAUAUGGGUACAAAGCAAAAUUUUACACUCAAAUCAUGAGCUUGACAUGUUCCAUGAGAUGCUU